AGGUUUCUGGUUAUGUUCGAAUUUGAAGUUCUAAUUUAAUCUCACAAACAUGAGUUUUAUAUAUCAAAACCCACAAAAUUUCGCAAAACCACAUACUAAGAAUUUUAUGUUAUCGUCAGAAACACCUACGAAAACCACCUAUCCAACUGAUAAACAACCACAACUUAAUGAAAACAAUAAUCAGUUGAGUCCCAAUGGUAAUGAAAAGACAUUAAAAGAACUGUGGUCGAAACACAAAAUGAAGAUGAGCAAAAUCAAAACGGAUUCCACCAUAAACAUCGACAACAAAAAGAUGACUUGGGAUGUCGAUAAACCCUCAGAAGCUCUUGUAAAAUUCGAAGAGCUUGAGGAGCCGAAACAGGAAGAGAUACCUGUUUUAAAAACUGAAGAGCCCUUAGAUAAUACCAAAGAUGAAAAAGAAGAAUCUCCUUCGCACCAUGCCAGAAGACCGCCUAAUGCCUUUUUGAUAUUCUGUAAGAAGCACAGGCCGAUCGUUAGAGAAAAAUUCGUCCAUUUGGAGAAUAGAGGAGUGACCAAGAUAUUAGGAGAAUGGUGGGCACUACUGAGUGCCGCCGAGAAACUGCCAUAUAAUGAUUUAGCUAAAGAGUACAAAGACGCCUUCCUAUCAGCCAAUCCUGACUUCAGAUGGUACAAACUUCCGGCACCUCCAUUGCGCACUUUAAACACCCGUCCUAUAACAGCUACAAAACCCCAUCUACCCAUAUCUAGUCCUUCCAAUAACACAUCAACUUUAACCUCGCCUGUACCCGAAUUUACUCCCGGCAAAUUGGCUGACGAAUCUCAACUCGGUGGCCUCACCUCUCUCAUGAACAAUUUCGUUUCCACACCAAAGACAGAACUGGAAAGCAACAACAAUGUAUUGAAGCAGGAGAAGUUUGACGAAACCUUCAUCAGUCCUGUUUAUACUACCAAAGCAACCACUCCGCCGAAACCGAUCAAGAAGCGAUAUUUUGAAUAUUUUGAAUCCAAAGGCUGUGUGAGAAAUAUAAUGAACGGCAUAGAAGCCAAUCAGGAAGUCGGAAGUAUCAUGCUGCAGGAUGCAAACAAGGCUAUGGAAGUCUCACCUGCAAAAUAUCAAGACAGCUUUCCCGAUUCAAACGGCUUAAAAGAACCUAGGAAAUCUGAGAGAAUGUGCAAGGGCAAGCGUUACGAGAAAUUCAUGGUCGAAGGCAAACUACUCGGCAACAAAAAGGACACCAGAUCUAUUUAUCAGAGGCAAACUCGUCACGAUUCUAGAAUGGACGAAGAAAUGAAUAUUCUAGAAAAACCAGAAACACCAAAGUUAGAUUUAGGUAAUACUAUCAAACGUCUCGCGGAACGUACCAAUAUCAAAAACGAUUUCGACAACGACGUCGUAACUGAAACUGACGUCGAACCCGAAAUCAAGCGAGUACGCAGCAUAUCCGAGACCUCAGAGAACGGAGGCAAGAAUGGCCCUCCAAAUUUUAACUUAGAUUUAAGGAUAGCAAAUCUUCCAAGUUUGAGCUAUGCAGAAUUUACACAGAGAAAACGCGAUAGCAAGAAAAGAAAAGCCCGCAGCAAAUCUGAGGGAGAUCAUCGCAAAAAAAUCCAAAAAACGAACAAAGAUACGCAACUUGUUGGGUCCAAGAAGAGGAAAAACAAACAGAGCAUCACUCACUUAGGUAACAAAACAGAUUCUAAUUUAAGUAACGAUCUUCUCGGUCUAGCAACGCUCGCUGAAGUGGCGGCCAACACCGAGAAGAUAAACGAAAAAAUCUCAGAAUAAAACAUAGUAUUAACGUUGUAGGGUUUAUUAUUGGGUAGAGGAUUAAAAUAUUCGUAUAUGUGCCUCAAGUUAUUGGUUUCUUUAUUGGCCUUACGAAAUAAGUAUACUCUGUAGAUUGUUUUUAUCCAAACUAUUUAAUACACUACUGUCAUGUCAGCCUUUCAAAUACUUGACAUGAAUAAAACUUAAAAUUGUUUAAAAUAUUUUACUAACAACUGUUCUUAACAAUGUCGCUCUAUAUAAAUACAGAUUCGGAAAUAAUUUAACAUAGGUAUGCAGUUUAAAUGGUAGGAAGUGAGAGCCAUACUAUUUUUAUUGGGAAUAAGCCAAAAUUUUAGCUUAAAUAAGUUUGUUUUAUGGUUUGAUUUUCCUCUUUGGAAAACUAAAGUCAAAUUUUGGUUUAUUCCUAAUAAAAAUAGUAAAUUGUAUACGUAUAUCGUCAAAUACGAUGUGGACCUUGGUUUGAUAGGCGUGGCCACGGGUGCUAUAGUUAUCUUACUAAAAUGUGUAUUUUCAUCAUUCACGGGAGGAUUUAGUGAAUUAAGAUUAAAAUGGGCGAAAAACUACCCAUUUUAAUUAAAAUAAGACAUUAUUUGGUAUUUUCCAUGAACCCAUAUUUUUGUUUAGAUUUUUUGGAAGUAGUACCUAGGUGUGAAAAUAAAAAUAGUCCUAU